AUGGCGCCCGACAGAGGAGCGAAGACCUCGAAGCCCAGCUCAUCUCGAGCGUGGGAAGCCCUGACUCCUGCACUAUCAGAAUGGAUCCUCACGGCGACCGCCGCGAUGGGCUUUCAGAAGAUGACGCCCGUACAGGCAUCGACGAUACCUCUGUUCAUGGGCAACAAGGACGUGGUGGUGGAAGCAGUCACAGGUAGUGGGAAGACGCUGUCAUAUCUCGUCCCGCUCGUCGAACGAUUGCUACGUCUGGACGAACCCAUCAAAAAGCAUCACGUAGGCGCGAUCAUUCUCUCACCUACGCGAGAGCUUGCGACACAGAUUCACCAAGUCCUGGUAUCAUUACUGCAAUUUCAUGCUCCGUCAGCAGCCGCCAUCAGAUCUAUCAACGGGGAGGAGAACGAGGAACAAGAGGAAACAGAAGCUUUCCCAGUUUCCGAGCUCAAAGUGAUCCCACAGCUACUACUGGGGGGCACUCGAACGCCAGCGCAAGAUCUCAGCCUCUUUCUGAAGACGUCGCCCAAUCUUCUAAUCUCAACACCCGGCCGACUUCUCGAGAUCUUAUCCUCGCCAUACGUGCACUGUCCACAGUCGUCCUUCGAAGUACUCGUACUGGACGAGGCAGAUCGCCUACUUGAUCUAGGCUUCAAGGACGAUCUGACAAAGAUUCUGGGACUGCUUCCGAAGCAAAGACGAAUAGGACUUUUCAGUGCCAGUGUUUCUGAAGCAGUAGACCAGCUGAUCAGAGUUGGUCUUCGCAAUCCGGUCCGCAUCGCAGUACGUGUCAAGGGAGCAGACGGUGCUCAGGACAAGCGAACUCCUGCAAGCCUGAAAAUGACAUAUGUCAUUGCCAAAGCAUCACAGAAGUUGCCCAUGCUCAGCCAACUUCUGCACAAAUUGGAUCCCAGGCCCUUGCGGACCAUUGUCUACCUCUCGACUUGCGCAGCAGUGGAUUACUUUCAGAGUCUCCUGCCCGGCCUAUUGCCUCAAGGCACGGUGCUAAUACCUCUACACGGUAAGCAUCCUUCGAAUGUCCGACAGAAGAACUUUGCGAGGUUCGUCAACUCCGCUUCGCCCGCACUGCUUCUGACAACCGAUGUCGCUGCGCGAGGCCUAGACAUCCCGGCUGUGGAUCUCGUGGUGCAGAUAGAUCCGCCUUCGGACCCGAAGGUGUUUCUGCACCGCUGCGGACGGGCAGGACGAGCAGGUCGAAGAGGACUUAGCGUGGUCUUCCUGCAGCCUGGCCGCGAAGAGGACUACGUCGCAUUUCUCGGCGUUCGGAAAACGCCCAUCACUUUGCUCGACGACCCUGACUUGUCCGUGACGGAGGACGAAGCCGAUGAGACGAGGCAGAUGUUCGUCAACUUGGUUUUGAAAGACCGUGCGUUAUACGACAAAGCCCAACGAGCAUUUGUCAGCUGGGUCAGGAGUUAUUCCAAACAUCAAGCGUCCUCUAUCUUUCGCACAGCUGAUCUGGACUGGAACGAUCUUGCCAUUGGCUGGGGGUUACUGAGACUUCCAAAGAUGCCAGAAAUGAAGAACUACGACAAGUCUCAAUUUCUUGCGCCGAUCGUCGACUGGGACGCAUAUGCUUACAAAGACAAGCAGCGUGAGAAGCACCGAUUAGAAGAAGCGGAAGCAGCCGAUGAUCAGCCGAAAAAAGCCGUCAAACAACGCACUGGCACUACUCCAUGGUCCGCAGAUCUGGAACGAAAGGCUGGCAAGGAAGCGAAGCGGACUAAGAAGGCCGCUAAGCGAGAGCAUGAACGGGUGGCUGAUCUGACAGAGAGUCAGAAGCAAGAUGAAGAGGAAACGGCAAGGAUGAUCGCGCAGAUCCGAAAGCAACAACGGAACCCAAGUUCGUCCGAGGACAUUUUCGAGGGCUUCGACUGA